AUGCCAAAGAUUACUGCCAAAUAUUUUGGCCUUCGAGCCGCUGAUUCACCUGCAACACAAAAAAAUGGCUGUGUAAAAGAGAUUCUACUGGCGUUUUCAUUGUCGGUAUUACCCCUUCUCGCCUUCUCUGGCUUGCUUCUCGGUUUGGUGUUCCGGUAUCGGUUUACGCCCCAGGGUCACAAUGAUGCGAGACUCCCGGAUGAGAAUCCGCACUUGAAUAAGAGCAUUAUCUAUGUUAAUCUGAGUGCCACCAUGUUGAUCACUGUAGGGUCCUGGUCAAGCACAAUGGCGCCGCUAUCGCUCCCGUUUAUCCUGGCAAUUGCGUCCUAUCCCGCCUCCAAAUUGCUGAUGCGGGCGAGCGACGGUAAUGGAAAGCAUAAGCUGCCCACUCCUUAUCAGAUUGCUCUGUUGCUCCGCGUCAUGUCCAACUCUUCUCUCAGCUCGGUUUGGCACUGCAUGGUUUACAUGUCCGCAAAGCGAAGGCGAGCGCCCAUGUCAUCGGCUCUAAACAUCGUGGUAUGCACCCUGGUUCUGGGCACGAUACAGAGCAUGCUCAUCUUUGCGACUGAUACUUGGCUUCAUUUCACGACCGAGACAGUACCCAUCACUCAGUUCUACCCGACCACAUAUAGCAAUGUCAGUUUCGGCAUACCUAAAUACUGUACAGUUUUCGAAGGGGACACUCAGUACGGAUGCUUUCCUGAAGCAAUGCGAGGAUCGACAUCAAGUGAAUCCUUCCAGGCCCGCAAAAGUAAGAUGGUCCAACAAAUUCUCGCCAACACCUCCGCGAGAGCAGCUGUUGGGAACUACUAUGAAGACGGGCACAACUACGUCUAUGUCGCCUCUCCGACCAGCGUUUUCCACACCGACAUUGACUUUGCAGCCACAACAUUUGCGGCCGAGACGACCUGCACACCUGCAACGUCUAGAUGCUUCGACAGAGAUCGCAUCAAUCUCGUCAGCGACUACAGUUGCGAUUUUGCCAUGGCGGGUUCCAUCAACGCGACUGGCACCAGCGACUUGCUGGUGACCUACUUCACAAACUCGACACUGGCCAGUAACCGGACGCGCCGCUAUACCAUGGAAAACCCAUUUCAUUUCGGAGUUGUGGUGGCCAUGACUGGAAGUAUGGGCCAGCCAGAAUACGAUGAUGACGAGAUAUAUGUAUUAACUGAGCGCCCACAAGGGCCCGUCCUCAUGGCCAUGGUAUGCGAGAGCACCGUUUUGGAUGCGCAGUACGUUUCCGUCAACGGCUCUCUAACGCGCUUUUCGGCCUCGCCUAGCAACUCCUCUGCUACCAUCGUCCUCACGGAUACACUUGCAUACACUCCCUUUAUGGAUAUUUUCCUUCUCCAACGCACCAUUACCGAUCUCUGGGAAAGCGUGUCUGCUCAGCAAGUGGCUAACAAAUUCAGCCAUACGUUCAGCUAUGCCGUUAUCUCGUCCUUCGGCGUAGUCGUUGAGCCUCGGCUGGCAGAGGUUGCCCAACAGCGGUCUUCGGUGCUCGUUGCUGCCGUGCCGGUCGCACCACUCGUCUGUCUGCUGGUCGCCAAUGUGCUAGUUGUGCUGCUGGCGAUUGUUCUCACGGUAGAUGCCCUAAUGGAGGUGGCAAAGUGUGAUGAAGUGGGAGAUGUGCAGACGAGACUGAGUAUCGACGCCCUCGUGGCAGCGAAUUUUGAGACGAGCAAAAAGAAGCCUGAUGUGAGGAAGACAGAAGACCUGUUUGAGGAAUAUCAAGGCGGUGAUGGGCCGCGAGUCAAGGUGGAGAAAACAACCGAGGAUGGCUGGAAAAUGAUUGGUUUCGAUUCAUAA